AGAUGGAGGAGAAACAGAAAAGAGAGAUGGAGAGACAGAAGAGAGAGAUGGAGGAGAAACAGAAAAGAGAGAUGGAGAGACAAAAGAGAGAGAUGGAGGAGAAACAGAAAAGAGAGAUGGAGAGACAAAAGAGAGAGAUGGAGGAGAAACAGAAAAGAGAGAUGGAGAGACAGAAGAGAGAGAUGGAGGAGCAACAGAGAAGAGAGACAGAGAGACAGAAGAGAGAGAUGGAGGAGAAACAGAAAAGAGAGAUGGAGAGACAGAAGAAAGAGAUGGAGGAGAAACAGAAAAGAGAGAUGGAGAGACAGAAGAAAGAGAUGGAGGAGGAACAGAAAAGAGAGAUGGAGUUGAGACACAAGAGAGAGAUGGAGGAGAAACAGAAAAAAGAGAUGGAGAGACAGAAGAGAGAGAUGGAGGAGAAACAGAAAAGAGAGAUGGAGUUGAGACACAAGAGAGAGAUGGAGGAGAAACAGAAAAGAGAGAUGAAGAGACAGAAGAAAGAGAUGGAGGAGCAACAGAGAAGAGAGUUGGAGUUGAGACAGAAUAGAGAGAUGGAGGAGAAACAGAAAAGAGAGAUUGAGGAGAAACAGAAAAGAGAGAUGGAGAGACAGAAGAAAGAGAUGGAGGAGCAACAGAAAAGAGAGAUGGAGUUGAGACAGAAUAGAGAGAUGGAGGAGCAACAGAAAAGAGAGAUGGAGUUGAGACACAAGAGAGAGAUGGAGGAGAAACAGAAAAGAGAGAUGGAGAGACAGAAGAGAGAGAUGGAGGAGAAACAGAAAAGAGAGAUGGAGAGACAAAAGAGAGAGAUGGAGGAGAAACAGAAAAGAGAGAUGGAGAGGCAAAAGAGAGAGAUGGAGGAGAAACAGAAAAGAGAGAUGGAGAGACAGAAGAGAGAGAUGGAGGAGAAACAGAAAAGAGAGAUGGAGGAGAAACAGAAAAGAGAGAUGGAGAGACAGAAGAGAGAGAUGGAGGAGCAACAGAAAAGAGAGAUGGAGUUGAGACAGAAGAGAGAGAUGGAGGAGCAACAGAAAAGAGAGAUGGAGAGACACAAGAGAGAGAUGGAGGAGCAACAGAAAAGAGAGAUGGAGAGACACAAGAGAGAGAUGGAGGAGCAACAGAAAAGAGAGAUGGAGUUGAGACACAAGAGGGAGAUGGAGGAGAAACAGAAAAGGGAGAUGGAGGAGAAACAGAAAAGAGAGACAGAGAGACAGAAGAGAGAGAUGGAGGAGAAACUGAUUGAUAUUGAGAAGAGACUGAGUAUGUGGCCCAGAAAGAUGAUCCUGAAAAAAGAGAUGGAGGAGAUACUGAAAAAAGAGACGGAUGAGAAACUGAAAAAAGAGAAGGAGGAGAUACUGAAAAAAAAGAUGGAGGAGAAACUGAAAAAAGAGAUGGAGGAGAUGGUCACUGAAACGGAGGCGAUACUGAUUUUGCUAAAUGAGGAGCUGAAGAGGGAAGAGAUCAGCAAACAAUUCAAGAUCUUAGAGAAGUUUGUCCAGGAGUACCAAAGAGAGCCGCGGAUUGAAGGACUGCUCAGUGAACUCGAGGCAAUUGCUACAGAACUGGACAGAGUCAACAAGAAUGCUGCCAUUGCUAAGACUGUAGGGAGCUCUGCUGGUGUAGUCGGGGGGAUUAUGAGCAUUGCAGGGCUAGCCCUGGCUGUCCCUACUUUUGGAGUCUCCCUUGGAUUGACCUUUGGAGGGUUUGCUACUGGGUUAGCUGGAGGAGUCACUAAUAUUACCACAGCAAUAGUUCAGACUAAGAGUGAUAUAGGUGACAACAAGAGAGUAGAGGAAAUACUUCACAUAAUUAACUCAAAAAUGAAAGCACUUGAUGAUUUGUACGGUGCUGCGCUUCCAGAUAGCGUUAGAGAGAGUACUCUGUCUGCUUUAGACACCAUUAGUUACCUUGGACGUACAGCUUUUAGCAUGAUUGAUGAUGUCACGCCUAUCUUUUUCACUAGUGCAGGCAGACUAGCCGCAGGUGUUUCUGCUGGUGCCCUUGUGUGUGUGGAUGCUGUGAACAUUGGUUUAAAUGUUUCAAAACUUGUAAACGGGAGUAAAAGAGCAGAAGAUAUUCGUACGCUGGUGAAAUGUUUAAAAUCAGGUCUACCAGAACUGAACAUCAUAUGUUUAGACAUAAUCAACAUUUUAAAAAACCCUUUGCUGCCAUUGCUUUUGGAUCCCUCAGUGCUAAUUUGUUUGAAUAUUUAUAUUGAAAUGAUUUGAACCAUUUCAAAGUCAAGUUUCUCACAAAUCUCAAGGAAACAUUGUAAACCUAUAUAUUGCUUUGUUUUUUCGGUCCAAUCUAAACUUUUCAAUUAUAUCAUUUACUUGGGCUACUCAACAGAUUGAAAAAUUGCGGGUUAAAUGAAAAUAAAAUUAAAAAUGAUAUGAAUCUACACAGCUUUAACACUAGACCCGCCAUAGGUAUCAAUCUGACGUUUAGGAAUUUUUGUUUUAAAUUAGUGAAUGCCAUGUGAUUGUCAAAGGUGAAUGGCAAUGAUUAUUGCAUUGAUCAAUUAUGUGAUGUACUGUCAAGCACAGGAUCUGCUUGUCCUUUUUAAAGCAUCUCAAAAACAUAUAUAUAAAACACAAAAGUCAUUCAAUUUUAGAUAUUGCAUUACCAGUUCAGGAGAUAAUUACCUUCAAAAACAGCCGUAGAUGAGGGGCCUGUUCAUGCGAUAUAGACAAGAUCUGGACGAAAAAGCCAAAAUUGGGGCCUGCUUCUCGCAUACUUCAUUUCAUGCAUUCACGCGAUGUGACAAGAGAGAAGCAUGCAAAACAAUAUAGGCUGGGUCCAGUGGACUUUAUUCACACAGCAGCCAUGUUGGACUUGAACAAGAGGCUUGGUGUGCUAGCUACUGUCAUGGCCACUGCAGCCACUGAUAUGUGGAGUAAAUUGAUGAUUUGUGUACCUCCAAUAAAGAAGGAAGAAAUCGAUAACAUAUAAUGAUACGCAAAUUCCUAAAAGCACACAACAAAGGGUACAGCAACUGGAUGGAGGGUUACAUUCAUGAAAAUGAAGGUGAAUUAGCAAGUGUCUUAUCUGGCGAUCGGAAAGUGCAUAUUGUACUGUUGCUGUGCUAACUUAUAUCUCAAAAAAAUGUUUAUCUGUCAAUUUUAGUUCGAGAAUGUUUAAUUUAACUAAUAUGUCCAGUGUUGAUAUUAAGUAUCUGUUUGUGUAUUGUUUCUACGGGUAUUGGUAUUAAUCAUGUGUUUGUACAUUCUUUCUAAAUACAGUUAAGAGGCAGGAGAAUGGAUGCCCUUUCUGCUUCUGUCAUGCAUUUUGUGACAAACUCUUUACUUAUGCAAACACAGUUUGUAUUAUUUUAACAUGCGUUAAUAAAAACUUGUAGAACCGAAUGACAGAAGCUCACUCCCAGGUAUAUUACAGUGUUACCACUUUGCUGUGUAACCUGUUUAAUCAUUUCUUAAAUGUAAAAAUCUGUGCUGUCCUGCAUAUGUAAUAUGACAGAUGUUAAUAAAGCUCAAGUAUACAUUUUGAA